CGGGAUUCCUUUUUUCCUUCCUAAAUACAAGGAACUCUUGAUCAACGCUGUUUCACAAUCAAAUAACCUCGUCACUUCCACAAUGUAGAAAAAGAGUCGCGGAGGUUCCGUCGACAACCGGGCCCUUCCUUAUACUGUACUUUCCACCCUCCUUCUGUCGUCGCUCUCGCUCGGUCGUCAGGAGCUCUCGCGCUUACAAUUCUUGUCCACUCCGUCAUACAUACAGCAAAAGCGUAGCCAGCCCUAGCAUCGCCGGUGGCAACGAUUGUUCAGUGCGACGACAGCUGCAAUCCACUCGAAGUAACUUUCUCUGGAGAACUGGUCUUGUUCAACACCACACAACAUAGCGCAAACACCAACUAUGCUACCACCAGGACCGACGAGGCAGAUGCUCGCUACAGCUACAGCGACAGCCCUACUCUUCCUCUCAACACCGGCAUUCACUAAGCCUCUCGGCUACCCCAUCGAAGAUCUGACAGUCCUCUCGACGAAUCCACCAGCGCAUGUCUUCGUCAACGGAUCCGGCGUUCCGACCUUGGUUUCCUUCCGGUCCACUGAUGCAGAAACUCCGAGCGACAUCCUACCCAUUACCACCAAUUCAAAGUUCCUGUCGGUCAUGUCCAGCUUUCUGCCUGAGGACAGCGCAUCAUUUCACGGUGUAGCGUCACAGAGCGGCACCAACGUCAUUCUGGCCGACACGAGGUACAAUGUGCUCUAUAAGGCGGAUGUCGCUACGGGACAGACGAGGCUCCUGUUUGAUCCGACACUGUUGCAUCAAUUUGCAACGAACAAAAGCACCACCGGCGCUCCAAAGACCUCUGCUACAGCGGACAACACCGGUCUGACACGCGGGGCGGCCACAUCCGAGGCGCCACCACCCAACAUGCCCUUGAGCGGCAUCGUCCGCGUCGACAAAGACACCAACGACGUCCUCUUCGUCGGCCUCAAAAACCAAAUCUUCCGCGUCCCCGCCACCCGCCCUAACCUCACCGACCAAGGCGACAUCAUCGAAAUGAUCUCCUCCGGGUUCGGCCGCUGGCAGGUCGCCGACAUUUGCCAAAGCGACCGCCGCAUCGUCGUCUCCCUCUUCCGCCCUGGAACAGGGCCCUCGCCAAAGACCGUCCCCAUCACCGGCCCGCACGCCAACGGCACCGCCGCACCACGCCCGGGAUCCAUCUCCGUCGUCGCGAGUUGGACCGUGUAUACCGACCGCGCCACGACCCUGUCCAGCGAACGGCCCCGUGUCCUGCGACGGAGGAUAAUCGGCGCUGCCAUCGCGCGACCGCUCACGGGGAUGAAAUUCGAUUGUGCGGGGGAUAUGGUCUUUAUCGUCGACGACGGGCGCAUGACCGUGCACAGACCGGGCACGCCGAACCCCGUCGUUCCGGGAGAGAUUCCAAUGGAUGUGUUGGAUCCCACCACGGUUGUUGUGAGACCGGGGCUGAGCGUCGUGGUGACGGGGACGUGCGAUGGACGGCCCUGUUAUGAUGAGAAGCCGUGGGCGGAGGUCAUGGCGAAUGCUGAUCCGACCGUGGUCAACGCUCCGGAUAAUUAAUGGCCUAUUACCGCACACAAGUUGAGGGGUCUUUCAGGAAGUGUGGACCCCUGUGUAAAUAGAAUCGUGUACAUAGACGUUGCAGGACAUGACAUGCCUGUCCCCAACCCAUCAGCUUGUAAGAUUUAUUUGCAUUAUUACUUUACAUUCAUGCAUACAUUCAUGAAAGAACCCCGGCGCUUUCCCAUCAACAGCGAGCCGUCAACCAAAACGGAAUCUG